UUCUUAAGCAUCAAUUAAUCCGCAAGUCAAUUCAAAAGACUUUGGUGGUAAUCCUAUACUUGUUUAAUUCUCAGUUUCAUUUAGAAUUUUCUUCUAAGAAACAUGAAGAUCUUCGUUCUUUUCUGUGUUUUCGUUGCCAUCGCUUGUGUCUCUGCUGCACCUAGUUAUCUUUCCAAUCUUGAGGAAAUGGAACAUUCCACGAACAUGGGAGAAAUGGAAAACAUGGCUGUUACCGGGGAUUUUGAACAACCAAUUCGACACCGGAGGGUAACGUGCGACGUUCUAUCGUUUCAAACGUUAUGGUUUGGCGUUAACGAUUCUGCUUGCGCAGUCAGAUGUUUAUCCCAAGGACGCAAAGGUGGCCGGUGCGAAAAUGGCGUUUGCGUAUGCCGCUAGUAAAGUACUUUAUUGGAUGCUGUAAACAAGCAAAUCUACAACACCUGCAUUCGAUAUCCGAUAUUUAUUACGUUCACUAUUACAAAUUUAUCACCUCUACGUGUAACGCGUGCUGAAUUAUAGUAUUGAGAUUUAAUAAAGAUGUUCUAUUUACGUUGA